AUGCCGCAAGUUGAUUUUUCUGAAAAUUAUACUUGCAUGUUUCAAGAAGAGAUCCAAAGAGCUCAUUGGAAACAGGAUCAAGUCAUCUUGGUUACUGCUGUUCUUUUGUUUGAUGGAAAGCUCCACCCGAGCGUAAUUACAUCUGACAACUUAGAUCAUGGCAAAGAUACAAUCGUUGCUUACAUCUACCAUCUCCAGGAUACUCUUUCCAACACAGUGGAAACAAUCUCCAUAUGGUCCUAUGGCCCUUUGUCCCAGUUUAAGAAUCGAUUUAUUGUUGCAGCUAUCUCAGCACUUCAAGAGAAACACAAAGUAAACAUCAGACGGAAGUUCUUUGCAACAUCACAUGGCAAAGGCUCAGUUGUUGGCAUUGGAGGCUCAGUCAAAAGACAAGUCUGGACAUCAGUCAGCACCAGAAAAGCUAUUGUUACAGAUGCAACUUUUGCACAGCUUGCAAAACAAGCAUCCAAUAUGUUGAGGUCAUAG